UCCACCUUCAGGAAGGCAGCAGCUUUUACCUCAAAGCCUGCAAAAUAACACUCCUGCUUCCAUGCAAGGUUCUUCUAGUCUUUCUGCAGCACCUUCUAUUACGGGGCUUUCUCAGUCAACCAUAACAAACUUUGGUCAUACAUCUAAUAUGCAAAACAUGCCAGGGAUCUCUCACAGUUCUGUAAAUAAUUCUUUAGCACAGGGAACAACAGCAGAUAUUUAUGCCAAUGCGCCGAGGCAUAUGCAAGGAAGGCAGCAGCAACAAUCACAAAAUCCACUUAUAUACCAAAAUUCGCUUCAACCGCAAUUAAUGAAGAAGAUGCACAAUAAUGCACUUCUGCAAUCAUCUAUGCAGCAGCAACAACAACAACAAUCUUUGUUGCAAACAAAUCAACUGCAAACUUCUCAGCAGUCCACAAUGCAAAUGCCAUCUGGUCUAACAUCUGGCCAGUCCUCUAUUCAGCAGCCACCAGCGACAUCCAUUCAAUCUGCUUCCCAGCCGGCCCUUCAACAGAAUCAGCUGAACGCAAUUCAACAAUCAGUAUCACCCCUACUCCCACAACAUGUGCAAGCGUUUCCUAGACAAUCACAGCAACCGCAGUCUUCUCUUCACCAGCAAACAAAUUUGCAAACCCAGCAGCAGCAGCAGCAGCAGCAGCAGCAACAGUUGAUAGGACAACAAGCAAACAUGUCAAACAUUCAACAAAAUCAAUUACUUGGUCAGCAAAACAGUAUAGUUGACAUAAAGCAGCAACAACAAAGAUUGCCUGUCCAGCAAAAUAAUCUUAUCAACAUGCAGCAGUCUCAACAGUUACUUAAUCAGCAAUCAUUGUCUUUGCAUCAGCAGCAGUUAGGCCAGCAAACUAACAUGCAGGGUCUCCAGCAGCAGCAACAACCGCAAUCCCAGCAGCAACAACAGUUACUUGGUUCGCUACAGAACAUUUCGAAUAUGCAAUCACAUCAACGUUCAAUGCAGCUUCUUCAACAGUCUAAAAAUAUGUCACAGGCACAACAGCAGUUGCAGCAACCUUCUAUCUCACUGUUGCAACCACAAGGUCAACAAGCACUUCAUCUGUCAUCACAGCAGCACUUGAUGUCACAAUUUCAGCCUCAAGGACAAUUGCAGCAGCCAUUGGCAAUGCAACAGCAUUCAAAUGGUGGCAUGCAAAGGGAGAUGCAGCAAAGGAUUUCUUCAGGCACAUUGCUUCAGCCUCAGAGUGCACUGGAGCAGCAGAAGCAAUUCAUGCAGUCACAAAGGGGGAUUCCUGAAGUUUCAUCCAGCACAUCAAUGGAUUCAACAGCUCAGACUGGACAUAAUGGUGCAGAUUGGCAAGAAGAGGUUUAUCAAAAAAUACAAGUCAUGAAAGAGUCACAUUUAGCAGAGCUGCAGGAAUUCCAUCUGAAGAUCUCACAGAGAUAUCAGCAGAGUGAGAUGAUGCCUCAAGCAAAGCAAUCUGGAAAUUUUGAGAAAUUGAAAAGCUUCAAAGUGUUGCUGGAACGCGUGCUAGCUUUCCUUCAGAUUUCUAAGAAUAGUAUUACAAUUGGCUUGAAAGAAAAACUCCCUACUUAUGAGAAACAAAUACUUGGCUUGUUAAAUACAAACAAUAAGCAAAAAAUAAUGCCUUCACAGCUGCAAGGCCAGCAGCAGCAGCUCCAUCAUCCUGGUGGACUUGCUCAAAGUACUCCCCAGCAUCAACCAUCUCAAGUUCUACAGGUGCAACAACAUGAAAAUCUUGGAAAUCAGGUGCACCAAAUGAAUGUGGCUGGUUCUAUCACAAGUAUGCAGUCGGCAGUAACCUCCAGUAUGCAACAUGGAUCCAUGACAUUACCGAGUUUAGUUGCUCCAUUAACCCAACAAAAUGCUACAAAUUCAGCCCAAUCUGCCCCUGAUUUGGAUCCAGUCCAAGUGAACUCUUUUGGCUCACUGCAACAAGGUACGAUGGGCUCACUACAACAGAGUGGUGUUGGGCCUUUGCCGAAUUCAGUUGGUGCUUCCCAACAAACAAACCUUAACAAUCUGUCACAAAGCUCCCUGAGUUCAUUGCAACCUAAUGGGACCUCAGUGCAAAAUUCUAAUGUUCUGCAGCAGCAACAUCUUAAGCAACAACAGCAGGAACAUUUAUUGCAAAAUCAGCAACAAUUAAAGCAGCAACUGCAGCAACGCCAAAUGCAGCAACAAUUGCUUCAGCAGCAACAAAGACUGCAGCAGCCGCUGCAGCAACAUGUGCAUCUGCAACAAAAGCAGCAGCAACCUUCACAAUUGCCUGUGCACCAGAUGUCACAACUUCAUCCUAUGAAUGAACUAAAUGAACUGAAGGCCAGGCAAGGAUCUAGCAUUAAACCAGGAAUAUACCAACAGACCUUUACAGGAGUCCAGCGCCCUAACUACUAUACUCAACAACUUAAACCUGGUGCUUCCUUUCCAAUUUCAUCUCCCCAAAGUCUGCAGGCAUCAUCCCCUCAGAUUUCUCACCAUUCUUCACCUCAAAUAGAGCAUGCUUUGUUACCAACCCAUGCAAAACCUGGUACACCUAUGCAAUCAACAGGGUCGCCCUUUGUUGUGCCUUCUCCUUCUCCUUCCACUCCCAUUGCCCCGUCUCCCAUACCAGGUGACUCUGAGAAGCUAUUAUCUGCUGCCGUGUCACUUCCAACUACAGGACAAGCUACCAAUCAGCAAGCUGCUAGCGCGCCACUUCAAUCUCAGUCAAUUUCUGUUGCGACGCCUGGAAUAUCAGCCUCCCCUUUACUAGCAGAAUUUCCAAGUCAGGAAGGCAACCUCACUAAUGCAACAUCAAGAGUUGGUGCUUCUGAGAGACCAUUGGAACGCUUAAUUAAGGCGGUGCAAUCAAUGUCUCCAACUGCCCUUAGCUCUGCUGUUAGUGAUAUUAGUUCUGUUGUUAGUAUGAUUGACCGGAUUGCUGGUUCAGCACCUGGCAAUGGCUCAAGAGCUGCUGUUGGUGAAGAUUUGGUUGCAAUGACUAAGUGUCGUCUGCAAGCAAGGAACUUCAUGUCGCAAGAUGGAGGCACCACCACGAAGAAAAUGAAGCGGCAUACAAGUGCCAUGCCAUUAAAUAAUGUUUCAUCAGCAGGCAGUGUAAAUGAUAACUUUAUGAAAUUUGGUAGUCUUGAUUCCCCUGAAUUGGAAUCCACGGCAACUUCUCAUGUCAAAAGGAGGAAACUUGAGGUCAACCAUGCUUUGCAGGAGGAGAUCAGGGAGAUAAACCAGCAGCUUAUUGACACAGUGGUUAGUAUAUGCGAUGAAGAUUCCGAUUCUGCUGCUGCUGCUGCAUCCGAAGGUGUUGGAGAGGGGACGAUCAUUGAAUGUUCCUUCAAUGGUGUCGCUUUCAGUCCUAGUUUAAAAGCUCAUUUUGCUUCAAUGCAUAUGCGCCCGAUAGCUCCUUUGAGAUUGCUGGUUCCUUCCAACUAUCCAAAAUGCUCUCCUCUACUUCUUGACAAACUUCCAAUUGAAUCUAGCAAGGAAUUUGAAGAUCUAUCUAUCAAAGCAAAGUCAAGGUUCAGCAUCUCACUUCGAGGCCUUUCACAGCCUAUGUCGCUGGGAGAAAUGGCCGGAACUUGGGAUAGUUGUGCGCGGAAGGUGAUUGUGGAAUAUGUUCAAAAGACUGGAGGGGGUAGCUUCAGCUCAACCUAUGGUGCCUGGGUAAACUGUGUUGGUGCUUGAUCUGCUUCAAUAAACUGUCUUUUCAUUUAUUUAUUCCCCUUGAAAUACGUGCCUUUUACAAGGAAUUCCGCAGAUUAUCAGCUCUAUUCAGCCAAUAAACAGAAGGAAAAAAAAGUUUAAAUUAUAUUUAUCGUCUGUAAUAUCCCACCAAGUUCCUUUUGUAAUAUUUAUUAGCAAAGGAGGGCACUGUGGCAUUACUCUAAAUGUUUCAAUUAAGGAUGUGACCGUUGUCCUGCCAUAUUGUUCAUUGUAUGAUUUGUCGAUAAGGAUUUCAUUAAUUUAGUGAUGUGUUGUUUUUAUGUGAAUUGUAAUACUAUUUGCUCGCCAACUUGUA